ACAGUUGAUCGGAGAAUUUGACUUGUGAAAUGCAAACGUUCUUGACUAAAUAAUGUAUUUGUAGAUGGUUUGGUAUCAUUGUGAAUAUACAAUAUAUUCCAACUUCGCUUCCUGGUGAGCCUAUCCAAUAAGCCAAAUGCCACCUACUGAUAUGACUAGUAAGAAUUUUCCAAAUAGCGUAAUAUGUGUACAUAUAAUUAAUGUACUUUACAAUACGUACUGUCAUAUCAUUGCGCCUGCAGACGACGGUUCGGCAACUUCCGAGAGCUUCCGGAAUGACCCCGUGAACAACUUUACGGAGACAGUUGUCACCUUGACAACCAUCACAAGUUCAAAGCAUUUACAGACAUUUAACUUACAUUUAUACUUCUUACAACAUGCUACUUGUUACAACUCGUGACUGUCAAGUGUUUAGAUGCAUGCAAAACCGGGGUAUUUACCUGUCAAUAUUUACAAAAUAGAGAACUAUUUUUUUCGGAGCAAUAUCAAAGCGUCAAAAGAGGUGAGGCGAUCGCGUGCAUUGUCCCGCGUCGCCACUGUUUACGCGACUACAAACGGAAGUGUGGCAGAGAAUUAUUGUUGUCAGUUUCACCAGGUUUUCUUUAUACGUUAAUUAUGUAGAUUUAUUGCGGAAAUAUCAUUCACAGCUAAUAUGUCAGCCGAGGCUUUGUUUGAACCAAGGGUUAACUUUGGACAGGGCAAGAGUGCCACAACAUUGUUGACAGAAGAUGGGUGUUAUUUUCCUAUCGUUGCACAUGGAACUUACAGAGAGAGACAGAAAGCGCUGUCAGCGCCAUUCAAGAGGGGGUGGGGCGCCCGACCCAUGCAUGCCACCACCCUCCUCAUAGCCAAAGCCCCUUGGGUACCGGAUUACACAACAACCUCGAAACAGUUUCAUGGGGGCAGUAAGGCACUGAAUCCAGGUGCACGUGCCACACCGGCCCCCUCCAUGCACGUCUCCCAGUAUUAUCUGGGCGUGCCCCACCGUGAUAACCCAUGGCACACCAACUACUCCAAAGACUUCACAGCCAAACAGUGCCCGAGUGCCAGUCAACUUCAUGUGACAGCACAUGCCAAAAGUCAAGAACAGAGGUCAGGGUCAGAGGUGAAGGCCGUAAUCCGCGUGUCUGAUGAUCCUCCCAGCUACUGGUCUCAGUAUAAUCGUAUCCACAGCAAGCUGGGCCACAUGCUGGGUCAGGGUGUAUCUAGGGAAUAUCCCGUCAGAAAGCAGUACAACUUCAUCACAGGUACAAUGGGGGCGCCAGCAUGGAAGGAGGACAACCGACGAGUGUCCGGGAACCGUGUGUUACGUUCCAUCAGGACCAAGGUGGAGAAUACAUCCAUUAUCAGUUGAUACAGUGGUCGGCAGAAGCACAUGUAAGGAAGACCAAUGUUUUUAUUUAUGAUGAUACUGUCACUGAUGGUUUUUUUGACAUGUUAUUGUUAUAUUUCAAAAGAGAUUACUCAAAAUCAACUGUCACUGAUUUGUAAAUUUCUGAGAUUUUGUCCUUGAUCACAUGUAUGGUUAGACUGCAAGGAUGUGUUAUUGUUGACGAGGACAAUGUUCUCAUACAUUUGUUAGUUCUGUUGAUGAGAAUGUCAACCUUAUUUUGAAACACUUGAUUCUUGACAUCAAGAAUAUUCUUGAGUAAAACUCAGGUUGUUAACACUACAUCUUGUGGUUUUAAUUUCUAAAUCUGUGAUUCCUCUCUGUUAUAUUACCAACAGCAUUGUACAUUAUCCACCUUGCCACAACGUAUACUAAUGGGGGUUAUAUCCAUAUUUUGAUUUCCUGGAGGUUGUAUAACCAUCUCAUGUUGAAUAUGUUCACUAAUAUAAUGAAUUGCUGGAUUGAAUUAACAUAUGAUGCCUCAACCUUGUGAAUGGAAGAUAAGGAAAAUAACAUAUGGAAUGAUCAGUAGUACACUCAUACAAGUCAAGAUGACCCUGAAGUAGAUACAGUGUUUAAGCUGAAGGACUCUUGUCAUGCAGAUCAGUGGGGUGUGAAAAUCAUCAUCUCAGAGUGGUUGAGGAAGAGGGCUCUGAACAUAUCUUUCUGAUUGGUAUUUUGUAAAACCAGGGUUGACUUUGAACUGAGGGUAGUCUGAUUACAAAUAUGAUUGUGUGCCUAUCAAGUUCUCUUGGACACUUAGGCGUUUUGAUCUGAGAAAUGUUCCCUUGACAAGUGUGGAUGCAUUUCUGCUAAACUGCAGUGUAUACUUGAUAGGAUUAGAUUGAGGUUGACCAUGUUGAAGUUGUAUGUUGGUCAAGCAGGAGAUUAAAGGGUAACAUAAUGUUUAUACUGCACCUUUAAGAUAAGUUUGGGGCAAGAGCUUCAGAGAGGUGCAGUCAGUAUUGUGUGAAGUUGUACAGCAGCUAAAACUGGUUAAAGACAAAAGUGUCCAUAACCUAGCCUAUUCAUGAAUCUUCCAUAUUGAUAUUUUUAUAAUGUUAAAAGACCUUGUGGUUCUUGCCCUACAGUAUUGUUUUAUGAAGAUAUAUACAGAAUCUUAUAUCUUUGAUCUAUACUUUACUGCAAAGUGUUUGUCCAGUAUUUUAUAAUGAUAUGCAGUAUUAAGAGAAUCAUUGUUCCUGUAGUCAAAGGAUAACAAAUUAUGAGCCAAUCAAUUUGCUUUUCCUCGAGAUUCCUUUCAAUUUAAUGUAUAUUUUUAUAAAGCCAACUUGUUAUGUGAGUGUAUUUCAAUGUUCAAGGUGUGGCUGUGAGGUACUGAUGCUUACAAGUGUUUGUAUAAUAAAGAUGUUUAUAUUGA